AGCCCUCCCUACUGUUAUUGUGUGGCUAGCAAUUGAAGAAAUCUUAGCAUAUAUAUGAAAUGUGUGGAAGUAUUGUGGCAGUUACAGGCGCAGCGAUAGUCUACCAUUCCUAAUGCUUCGCAGUUAACUCCGCUAUGGUCGCGACUAUUGUUCACCCAUGUCGGGCAACGUGACUAAUCUAUAUCUUAUGAAGCGAAAGCUGACGUUUAAGAUUAUAUAACUGACGUCGCGUGGCCUCAAAUUUAGAAGGUUGUCAGUCUGCCUUUGGAAAUCAAGGAGAACAGCUGCUGAGGAGAUCCUGUUCAUUAUUUGCUUUGAGAAGGAGGAAAAUUACCGCUGUAAUUCAGAAUAUGGAUGUUGAUACGAUUCAGAAAGCCGUGAACGAAGAUCGGGAUCCAGACAAAAAUAACGAUUUUGUGAAGGUGGGGUAUUCAGAUGUGAUCUGCGAGCCAACAGCAAUUGCCAUCCCAGAGAGGCUUCAUCAGUUUAUCAAAACUAUUUAUGGUAGCACUAUCUGUGUCACAUACUGGUUGCUGACCAUCGUGUUCGGCGGCUUUUUGUCCUUUAUCUAUGGACUACUCUUUGGAGUCCUAAACUUUUCUAUGAUUUGGGUGGCAACUCCAAUUACUCGUGCCUCGUUUAUCCCAAUGCGGUUGGCUGGUAAAAUCUGGCUCAAUAUUAUAGAAUGUGUCUUCGAUCCUUGGCACGAUUCAAUUGGGAGGAUCUUCUCGCGAAUCAAGAUUAACUUCAAAAACACAACUAUUCAACAUGUGUAGUUACCUAUCUCUUUUGUAUUACUUUGAAUGAACUGUAACCUAAGCACGAAAGCUAGCACGAAAAAAACCUUGUUAAGAUUAUUAGGAGACCAACUGUUUUACACUUUACCUUAUAGCAUUUCUAACCCAAACCUUAUGAGCUGAUCUUGAAAUAAACUUCCAAAAUUGUCAUACUGCUAAGUGUCUAGACUGACAAUGGGAGUAAAACUAGACUAAAAUUGAAGAGGUAAGAUACAAUUGUUUAAAAUUCGUAAUCCUCAAUUAAAAACUAGAGAUUCUGA